AGCCAGCCAAUUACUACAGUCUCCCCAACCAAUCGUCAAUUUAGGGUUUCUACUCUCGACGUCUCUCCCUCACUUUCUCGAGAUGGCGGACGAACCUCAAUACUCCUCAGGCAACGAUACCCCCGCCUCCAACAAGCGCAAGUACGAGGACCAAUCCACGAUGUCCUCCGCUCCACGAAGGCCCACAGGCUUUUCAUCUCCCAAUCCUCCUCAUGCGCCGCCUCCCGCGUAUAACAGUGUACCGCCGCCGGCUGAUGAGAUCCAGAUGGCCAAGCAGAAGGCGCAGGAGAUCGCCGCUCGCCUUUUCAACAACGCCACUGCUGGUGUCGCAGCCGAUGCCAAGCGCCCUAGGGUCGAGAACGGCGCUGGCGCUUUCGAUUCCAGCGACAGGGGUUUUAGCACCGCUCCCUCUGGUUUGUAUGGGAAGCCUUUGAUGUCGAACUCAGCCCCCUCGACAAUACCGGUAUCUUAUGGUGGUUUCCAGGGUACAAGUAAAAAGAUUGAUAUACCAAAUGGCAGGGUUGGUGUCAUUAUUGGUAAAGCUGGAGACACAAUCAAAUAUCUUCAGCUUCAGUCCGGUGCAAAGAUUCAAGUGACCCGUGACAUGGAUGCAGAUCCCAACUCUCCCUAUAGGACUGUCGAACUCAUGGGUACUCCGGAGCAAAUUGCAAAGGCCGAGCAGUUGAUAAAUGAUGUUCUUGCGGAGGCUGAUGCUGGAGGUUCUGGAACAAUAUCUCGAAGGAUAUCAGGACAAUCUGGAUCUGAGCACUUCGUUAUGAAAGUCCCGAAUAACAAGGUUGGUCUGGUAAUUGGUAAAGGAGGUGAUACAAUCAAAAGCAUGCAAACUAGAACUGGAGCUCGGAUUCAGGUGAUACCUCUGCAUCUACCCCCAGGUGAUACAUCAACUGAAAGGACAUUACAUAUAGAGGGAACUAGUGAACAGAUUGAGGCUGCUAAACAGUUGGUUGAUGAGGUCAUCAGUGAGAAUCGUGUUAGAAAUCCAGCUAUGGGUGGAGGAUAUUCUCAGCAAGGUUAUCAAGCGCGACCACCUACCAACUGGGGUACACCUGGUGCUCCUUCAAUGCAACAACCUGGUUAUGGUUAUGUGCAGCCUGGAGCCUAUCCUGGCCCAUCACCACAGUAUAAUAUUCCUCAGGCACAUUAUCCAGGUUAUCCUCCUGCCCCUACUUCUGGGGGCUAUUCUUCCAAUUGGGACCAGUCAACUGCUCCUCCAAGUCAGCAGGCAACUCAGGGAAGUGGUUAUGAUUAUUACAGUCAGCAACCUUCUUCCCAGCAACAGCAGACUCCUGGUGGUUCUGCUUCAGAUAAUACUGGUUACAAUUAUAAUCAGCCACCUUCUUCUGGCUACACUCAACAGGGACAAGGCUAUCCUCAAGAUGGCUAUGGUGGCUAUCAAGCACCUCCUCAAUCUGGUUUUGCACAGGCAGCACCAUAUGAUCAGCAUCAAGCUUAUAAUUCUGCUGCCAGCUAUGGCAAUGUUACUAAUCCUAGUCAAGAGGGUCAUACUUCCUCCUAUGGCGCUCAAGGAGAUUCUAAUCAAGCACCUCCUUCCCCCCAGUCCUCCACAACGGCCCAGCAAGGUUAUAGUGCUGGUCAACAGCCUAGUCCAAAUCCUGCGAGUUAUCCACCUCAAGUGGCUAGUCAGCCAGGAUAUGGAGUGCCCCCAACUUCACAGACGGGCUACGGGAGUCAACCUCCAGCUCAGACUGGUUAUGGUCCCAACUAUGGAGCUCCUGAAGCACAAAAGCCGCCCAACCCGUCAGUUUACGGGCAGAACCAACAAUCACCCAGCGCUGCUGGAGGCUAUGGCCAGCCAGGUACUACUCAGUCUGGGUACCCCCUGCCUUCUGGAUAUGGACAACCUGAAUCAGGUCCACAGCGUGCAGCUGCAUCUGGCUAUGGUGUCACAGGAGCUCAGCCUGGCUAUGGUGCCCCACCUUAUGGUGCACCACCUGUCAGCCAGCAAGGUUAUGGGCAGGGGCCACCAUCUUAUAGCACCUAUGGUAGUGGUUACACACAGCCUCCAGCUUAUUCUGCUGAUGGAAAUGCGAAUGGGAACAAUCGUGGAUCAUAUGAUGCGGCACCGGCUUCACAGACUGUUCAGCAGAGUGGGGUUGCAAAAGCAUCACCACAAAGUUAAUGUGUUUCUAAGGUGUUUCUACUUUCUACUAUAUUUUCAUAUUUGUGUACUUUUUGAGUAUUGUAUUAAUGCCGCUAGGUCUAGCUAGGUUUAGUGGUGUUUAUUUUGGUAGGCACUGUUUUGGAUAUUUGGGUAUAUACUUUGAACCUUUUAGCUAGUUCUUUGAAGGAUUGCUUGUGUGCUUUUAUCUAUUAAAUGCUGCUUCUGAUUACAUUUUUGGCUAA